AUGCCUUCUGAUCAAACUUCAAAAGAUCUUGCUCUUGGAAUUGUCGACUUCCUUAAGAGCGCAAUUGCUGAUGGCACUAUUACUUCUGAUGACGCUGAGUCUGUUGAAGUUGCCAUUGAAUGCCUUUCAGAUGUCUUCCAAGUCGAUGAAUCACGAAAAGAACAAGUUUAUGGAAAGCAGAACUUGCUGAGUAUAUUUAAUGCUUUCCAGCGCUUGAAGGAGCGCAAGAAAUCCUCUGAGCCGGCUGAGACAACUGAAGCUGCUCCAUCUGGUCCCUCCGAAGCUGACAAGGCCAAGGCUGAAGAACUUAAGGCUCAAGGUAAUAAGGCUAUGGGCCUUAAGGAUUAUGGCUCUGCUAUUGAUUUCUAUACCCAGGCUAUCAAUUUGGAUCCUACCAAUGCUAUCUACUUGUCUAACAGAGCUGCUGCUCACUCUUUUUCUGGUGCUCAUGAGGAAGCUGCUGAUGAUGCCAGAGCUGCUAUUAAGAUUGAUUCCAAUUACACCAAGGCUUACUCUCGUCUCGGUCUUGCUCUGUACUCUCUCGGCGAUGCUGAGGGUGCAGUUAAUGCUUACUCCAAUGGUCUUAAGCUUGAAGGCGCCACUCCUUCUGAGGCCAUGAAGAGAGGUUUCGAGACUGCCAAGAAGAAGGUUGCUGAAGAUUUAGAUUCAGUUGUUCCUGUUACCACUGAUGAAGAAGAGAUUUCUUCUCGCAGUGCUCCUUCCGACUCCGGCGCGGGCGCUGGUGCUGGUGCUGGUGGCUUUGACUUGAACUCUCUGAUGAAUAACCCUGCUAUUGCCCAAAUGGCUCAAAAAUUCAUGUCUAACCCUGGCGCACUUUCUGAUAUGCUCAACAACCCUGCUCUUAAGGGUAUGAUGGACAAUGUGAAGAACUCUGGCAGUAUGCCUGAUAUGAAUGACUUGAUGAACAACCCCAUGCUUCAAAACAUGGCCAAGAACUUUAUGGGUAACAAGAAGUAA